AACGACGUAGUACGUCGUCGUUUUUGGUGGGAAAGCACCGUUACGCACGUUUCCUCUCAUCUCUCGUGACAGUGAUUUCCUACUCAUCCUCUCCAAGAUCUGUUCGAAUUCCUCCAUCGGAUCCAACCGGGAAAAUCUUGCCCUAGUUUCCCGGGAAAAUCUUGUUUUUUCCUUUCGAGGAAGAAGAAGAGGAAGAAUUGGAAGGACAAAUGUCGCACAGCGAUACAAUACCUCUUCAUCCUUCAUCUCAGUCGGACAUCGACGAGAUCGAGAAUCUGAUCAUCGACAGUGUACAAUCGGGUCCCGCCACUGUUGUUCCGGUUCCGGCCCGGCCGCCGAGCCCGACCCGUCCGUCGAUACCCGUUUCUUCCUCUCCGUUCAUCCAAUCCAACCUCCCUCCGCCGUCGUCCUCCUCCGCGCAUAAGGUCCCGUCGGUUCCUCUCCCUCCGCCUCUCCCCCCGGCGGGUAACUCCGAAGGCUCUAAGAACAUAGGAGCGAGCGGGUUCGGACCUCCGCCUAACACGCUGACGGAACCUGUUUGGGACACUGUGAAGCGAGAUCUGUCGCGGAUUGUUAGCAAUCUGAAGCUUGUGGUGUUUCCGAAUCCGUACAGGGAAGAUCCGGGGAAGGCGCUUAGGGAUUGGGAUCUAUGGGGACCGUUUUUCUUCAUCGUGUUCUUGGGGCUGACUCUUUCGUGGUCUGCUUCCGUCAAGAAGUCCGAGGUAUUUGCCGUUGCAUUUGCACUACUCGCAGCAGGGGCCGUCAUUCUUACACUAAAUGUGCUGCUCCUGGGUGGGCAUAUAAUCUUCUUCCAGAGCCUAAGUCUUCUGGGUUACUGUCUAUUUCCUCUGGACAUUGGAGCAGUGAUCUGCAUGCUUAAGGACAACGCCGUAAUCAAAAUAGUGGUGGUGAGUGUGACGUUGGCAUGGAGCUCAUGGGCGGCUUACCCAUUCAUGAGCUCGGCCGUUAACCCUAGACGGAAAGCCCUCGCCCUUUACCCCGUCUUCCUCAUGUACGUCUCCGUCGGCUUCCUCAUCAUCGCCAUUGAUUAAAUAGAGAGAAAAAUAAAUCACAGGUACUGUAGUCGUCUGUAUCUGUAAUCAUCUGUACGGAAUCAUGGGGUGUUCUUUAUGUUCAUGUCUGAACAUUUUUUUGACCCCUUUUUGUCACAAACGCCGGUCGAUGUUUCUUUGUAUGUACUCAAUGUGUAUGAAUACGUACGGUCUUUUUUUUGGGGACAUAUAUAUAUACAUGUAUAAUGAUUUUGUAAACGCGAUUUGUCAGGUUUUAAGUGA